GGGACAAAACCUGAAGCAGAAAAUGGCAGAUAGUAAACCUGAAGGAAUUGAGACCCUGGAAAUGGAAAGAAACCUGAAAGAGAAAAAGGUUUCAUGGGCGAAGCUGCGUCGAAUCGACUCUCUCAAUAUGGAGGCUGGAAGAAUUUCCAGGACGCAUGGUCAUGGCUCCAAGGUUGAUUGGAGGACAACGUUCAUUCUUGCAUUCCAGAGCAUUGGGAUUGUGUAUGGAGAUAUUGGAACCUCUCCACUUUAUGUUUAUGCCAGCACUUUCACCGAUGGCAUAAAAAAUAAUGACGAUAUUCUUGGAGUGUUGUCACUCAUCAUCUACACUAUUGUGCUUGUUCCCUUGAUCAAAUAUGUCUUCAUUGUGUUGUGGGCAAAUGACAACGGAGAUGGUGGAACAUUCGCACUCUAUUCCUUAAUAUGCCGAUAUGCAAAGGUGAGUUUAAUUCCAAAUGAUCAACCUGAGGACAGGGAGCUAUCUAAUUACAGACUUGACAAGCCAUCGAGCCAGUUAAAACGUGCUCAGAAAAUUAAAGAUAAGCUUGAGACGAGUACUUAUGCGAAAACCAUUCUUUUCCUUGUCACUAUCCUUGGAACUUCCAUGGUGAUCGGAGAUGGAGUUUUGACUCCUUGCAUUUCAGUCCUUUCCGCUGUCAGUGGGAUCAAGUCUGUUGGCGAUGGUAACACACUUAGUCAAGGAAAUAGAGACCAUGCAUAUCUUCUUUAUCUAGAUAAAUGA